AUGGAAUUACUGAAGACACUUGAAGAUCCAACACUACGUAUCGUUUCAGAGACCGACGAAGACGUGUGGCUUGAAGAAGGGAAAUCACAAAAGAGACGAUAUAAAGCAUAUACGGUAAUGCAAAAAUCAGGAUUUCAACAUACGGAUUACUUAUCAAUAAUGGUUAAUUUAUGUCGAGUUGAAAUAGCUGUAUCAUUAUGCUUUCUAUUACAUGGCUUCACAUGUCCAGGUUUUGCUCAAGAAGCCGCUUAUCAGGGAACAUGUCACAUGAAUGUAGUAGCUGCAGUUGUUGGCAUUAGCAGCGGUUCUAUAGGUCUAGGAGUUGUACAUAGGUAUCGAUGGAAAAUGAUGCUCAUCAUGUGGCUAGUACUUUGUAUCAUAUCGGCUGUUGGCAAUCUCUUAUCAGUAAUAACGACGGGAAUAUGGAUUGACCAUCUUAGCAAAAUGAAAAGCCGUACCGGAAUAGUCAACGGAUUAAGUGGAAUGAUGUUACUGUGUUCUGUAGCUAUUGGUGUAUGCUUUAUCCUCAACGCAGUAAUGAUAUGUCAUUUUUGGAAUUUCAAUUCUCAAAAAUAUCAGGCUGUUGGAAAAAUUUCGAAACGUUCGCGCUCACGUUCACUGAGACGUCGUAUUUCACGUACAGGCAGUGGCACAGAUCGAAAAGCACGUGCCGAAAAAUUAGCAAGAGGAUAUCACAUUGUUUGA